GUCUGAUGGUUGAUGACCUACUCUUGAAGUGGAUUCGACUGCAAUUUACAAGGACUCAUCUCAGAAAACUGUUGAGCCUUGUCUUAAUCAUUACUAGUAUCAUCAAUCCUAGGCCGGAGAGGCUCUUUCUGCAACUACAAUCUCGAUCCCCGCAUCAUUUGGGCCGUUAAUCAAACAUUGAGGACUGUCGACGACCGCUCUGGUGACUUUGUCUAUCCAGCGGCGACUGGCCAUGGGCAUCUUCAAAUCCCUGAAGGGUAAAAUCGACGUAGGCACCGAUCCAGCAUCCCGCGACAAUGACGACCAGUAUCAGGCAUAUUCCACCGCGGAAGAGAAACGACGUGUCUUCGGCCACAGCACAACCGCAGACACCAACAACCAUCAAUCCUCAUCAAGUAUGAUGAGCUCAGAGCAAUCCUCGUACGCUCCACCACCAGGUCCACCUCCUUCUCAUCUCCAACGUGACGAUACCGAUUUCUUCGCCCCUCCACCAGGCCCGCCUCCUCCAUCACAUCGACAACAACAACGACAACAAGAAACCUAUCUCCCGCCGCCCGGCCCACCACCACCGUCUGACAACCCACCACCAUACCACGACUGGACAGUCAUCCCCGACACAGCCCUCCUCCCGCCUCCGCCACCUCUACCACAAGACUACUCCCCUACCAACAACGCGACCUACGACUCGGCCGCACGCGCGCACGAAUGGUGCGCCCGCCACCCAGUCUACACGCCGUCCCGCCCGUCCGCCGACAUCCACACGCUCGCCCGAACCGGCCACCUGACUCUCGAACGACCACCGUCCGCCAUCACCGGCAGCAAGAACUUCACCCUCCGUCAAGUCUCGCCGACGACAUGGUCCAUCCGCACAUCCACCGCCCCGGCGCAACAAGACGCCAUCAUCCUGUCCAGCAUCCCGCUAUACUUCGCCGCCGCCGACAACCCGCUGCUCACCUCGCGCCCGAUCACCAUCUAUUUCGAGAUCCACGUCCAGCGCAUCUCCAGUGCCAACUCGGGCAUCGCCAUCGGUUUCGCCGCAAAGCCGUAUCCGCCGUGGCGUCUGCCGGGCUGGCACCGCGCGAGUAUCGGCGUGCACGGCGACGACGGACGCCGUUUUGUCCAUGAUUCGUGGGGCGGGCGUGACUUUGUGGACGCUUUCAAACCCGGAGACACGGUCGGUGUUGGCAUCAAGUUCUCUACGACGCCUGCCGGGCCGCCGGAGCCCGACUCACGGUCAGGGAAAGCGAAAGUGGAAGGGAUAGGAAGAGUCAAGACCACCGCGUUCGUGACGAGGGACGGACAGACCAACAAGGAUUGGGAGUGGGAUAUUGACGAGGAGCGCGACGAGCGGGACGAAGGCGUCGACGGGCUCAUGGGCGAGGGCGAUUUGUAUCCGGCCAUUGGCGUGUUCGGUGGCGUCGAGUUCGAGGUCCGCUUUGGACAGGGACAGACUUGGGUUUGACAGUAACCACCCGUGCCACCUCAUAAGUUACUGUUACGGAUAUCAAACAUACCAUCAUAUACCAUACCCAACAAACCUACCUAGGUACUGGGGUAGGUACUGGACUCAAUCACGGCAUGGCACGGCAUAGAUGAUGAUUUUCUGCUGGUCUGCUUCAUGCCUUUCUUUUCUCUCUCCUUCUAUGGGAGAUAUCUACAGAUACACACGUCUACCUACGGCCAAUGAACCAUGGUGUCAUCAUGAGUUUUUGUCGGGAGUCUUCACGCCCCUAAGAGUCCUUCAGAG